AUGCCCAUAACCUUUUCACCCACGUCUCUGGCCGCCGAAUCCUUCUCUCCAACAAUCGCUUCUACUCCACUCUCCCCAUCCUCCCUCCUCACCUCCGCCUGUCCACAUCAAUCGCGCCUCUGCUCUUCUCUUCUCCAAUCUUCUCUCCCUCUCGGAUCGCACAACACAAUCCCCAAAGGAAACGGCCUCGUACACACCAUAGUCGAAGCGUACAACAAUCACAGACACCUCCGCCUCCGCCCCGAUGACAUCUGGACCGCCAUCCUCAUCCAAUUCAACUUCUUCGUCAACGGGCGGAGUGAGAUGCUCCGAUCUCAGUUCGUUGCGCAUGAAGGGAAGAAGCAGCUUGUCGUCACAGCAGCGGGGAACCGUUUUACUGUCGAUUUUGGCGCCAUGGCACACAACAUGACACGUGAGUUGGAGAAGAACGUUGUUGAUCCUGCGUUACGCGCUUGGAUCCUCCCAACAUUCAGCACGACGACGACGACGGAUACGAUUGUUGCGUCGGUUAUCAUGAUGUCGAGCAUGAAGAAGUAUUUUGACUACAAGGUCUGCCUUAUGUGCGGACUGCCGAGCGUUACGCUGGAAGGUGAGAAGGACGACUGGGAAGAUAUCUUGCGCAGGCUCGAAAAAUUGAAGGAAUAUGGGGUGGAGGCGAUAGCCUGGUAUCAUUUGCUACGCCCUGUAUUGGCGCAGCUCGUGGCGGCGUUUGAUAACCCUACAAGUAAGGAGAAUAAGGAGUUUUGGGGGAAGGUGUGCCAUUAUGACGGGGGCGGGAGCGGCCCAACUUAUCUUGGCGGAUGGGUGACAGCGUUCUGCGCAUUUGAUGAGGACGGAAAGUGGCUUGGGCACAGGUUCAAAGAAGGGGUUGUAGAGGCGACGUCAUUGGAAGGACCAGACCCUACCUCCCUGUCCGCAUCUGAUUUUUUUGACACCUACACUGAAGUGUCGAAGGUUUGGAGCCAACGCGAACCAACCCUAAUAUUAUCCGGCACGCACUAUCACCUCGUCGACACGGACGAGAUCCCAGCAGGAUGCACGGGCGUGGACGUUCUCCUGGACGAUAAUGGGGAAGAGCUCCAGUGCAUGUUGAUCGCGGGACUAUUUGGGAGUGAGAUCCUUGCGGAUGCGAAAGGGAAGAGGAACACGGUGAGGCCGGUCUCGGGGUGGUGGAUGUUUGAAAAGGUGGCUGAAGGCGAGGAAAAGAAGGAUUCUAGACAGGAGAUCCUGGCGGGGGUUGCGCAAGAUCUUGUGGAUGCAAGUCAGGAAAUGUCUACGAGCAGCAAGAAGUCAAAGAAAUGGUGGUCGUUUAGGGGCUGGUAG